UCAGACGCUUGAAUUUGGCCCCGGAAGGCCUGCGGGCUCCGGCCACACUCACCGUGGGGGCAGCACGCAACCGCCAAAUUCCGUGUUUUCAUUUUUCUUUCACCUGACAUUCAAUGCCAACUAUCAUUCUUGUUCUUCCUUCUGGAUAACGCACAAAUUCUUUUUAGUUAUUUUAUUCAGUCAUUUCCACGCUUAUCAAGGCAUAUUUGGGCCAAAAGCUCGCAAAUCUCUGGAACUUCCAGACUUUCUUUCGAUGCUGUUUUUACAAUACUAGUUCCAAAUCCUUCUACUUUGUUGAGUAUUGUUUAAUUUUCGUAUUUUUGGAGCUUUUUCUGAAAGUCCAUUGGAAUUUUCUUUUCCUGGUGAAUUUUCACUUGGAAUCUCGCAUUUGGAUGACUUGAAGAAAUCCCAUUUAAUAUACUUACUUUCGUAAACAAUUUUAAUAUACCGAGCUCUUUUCCUGAAGCCAUUGUGAAGGUUAGCCAUUUUAAUAGUUUGCUUUGGAACCGUUCUAAAUGGCGGAUUCCAAAGCAAAUCCGGGUGCUCCGGAGGAGACAUCGCCUGAUUCGCUUAAGAAUACGCCGUCAAACAUUGCGAGAUUGGAGGAUGUGAUAGAGCAUUGCAAGGGCCGCCAGAAGUAUCUGGCGCAGACUAGGAGUCCCUCUGAUGGAAGCGAUGUUCGGUGGUAUUUCUGCAAGGUACCUUUGGCUGAGAAUGAGUUAGCUGCCUCAAUCCCUCGCACUGAGACAGUGGGAAAGGGUGACUAUUUCCGUUUUGGUAUGAGAGAUUCUCUAGCAAUCGAGGCGUCUUUCUUGCAGAGAGAGGAAGAGUUGCUCUCUAGCUGGUGGAAAGAAUAUGCAGAAUGUAGUGAAGGCCCUGGGAGUCGAUCUGUAUCACGUGAGAAGUUGGAUAUGCAAAAAAGUGUGGAAAGUGCUCAGGCAGCUCAAUUGUAUGAAGCAGAAGAGGAGAGAGUUGGUGUUCCUGUAAAAGGAGGACUUUAUGAGGUAGAUCUAGUGAAGAGACGUUGUUUUCCUGUUUAUUGGAAUGGGGAAAAUCGACGUGUGUUAAGGGGUCAUUGGUUUGCUCGUAAAGCGGGCCUUGAUUGGCUGCCUCUUCGUGAAGAUGUUGCAGAGCAAUUAGAGAUUGCUUACCGCAGACAGGUUUGGCGUAGGAGGAGAUUCCAACCGACAGGGCUUUUUGCUGCACGUAUUGAUUUGCAAGGGUCUACUCCAGGACUUCAUGCACUUUUCACAGGAGAAGAUGAUACGUGGGAGGCUUGGCUUAAUGUUGAUACUUCUGGUUUUUCUAGUAUCAUUAGCUUAAGUAGAAAUGGGAUUAAGUUAAGGCGUGGUUAUUCAGCAUCUCACUCUGCAAAACCAACCCAGGAUGAGCUUCGACAGCAGCAGGAAGAAGAAAUGGAUGAUUACUGUUCACAGGUUCCUGUUCGUCAUGUUGUUUUUAUGGUUCAUGGAAUUGGCCAAAGGUUGGAGAAAUCUAAUUUGGUUGAUGAUGUUGGAAAUUUUCGCCAUAUCACGGCAAGUCUUGCUGAAAGACACCUCACUUCACACCAGCGUAGUGCUCAACGAGUCCUUUUCAUACCAUGCCAGUGGAGAAAGGGUUUGAAGCUUAGUGGUGAAACUGCAGUUGAAAAGAUUACUUUGGACGGUGUACGUGGUUUGCGUGUCAUGCUGAGUGCAACAGUACAUGAUGUAUUAUACUACAUGAGCCCCAUCUAUUGUCAAGACAUUAUUAAUUCGGUAUCAAACCAAUUAAACCGGUUAUAUCUGAAGUUUCUUAAGCGCAAUCCUGGUUAUGAUGGAAAGGUUUCUAUCUAUGGCCAUUCUUUGGGAAGUGUCCUCUCGUAUGACAUCCUCUGCCAUCAGGAGAAUCUAUCCUCACCAUUUCCAAUGGAUUGGAUGUUCAAGGAACAUGCACAUGCUAGGAGUGAUCAAUCUGCUAUUGACACGAGUAACCAAUGCUCUGCAAGCGACUCUUCAACAAAUCUGGAGGGUAAUAAUCCCAGCAUUAAUGGAGCAAUGGAAAAAGCCAAUCCUGCUCAUGGAGAAAUGACAAGUGAACAGUCAACUUCAGUAUGUACUGAUGGACGUGCCUUGGAUUUUUGUGCUAUCCCGAAUCAACUGGUUGAUAAUUUCGAGGAACUGCCUGCAACUGCUGUCGACUCUAAGCAAAGGAGUGAGAGAAGUGACCUUGAAUUGGGUAAUGAUUCCAGUGACGUGCUUUCUCAGGGAAUGGAUGAAUUAGUUGAAGCUGCUGGAGUGAAAAGUGAUGAUCACAUUAGUGGUUUUGCCAAAAUGGUAGCAGAAGAUGACAGUUGUAUUAGCAAUAGUUCUAGCAAUAAGGAUAAAACUAUUAAAUUGUUGAGGGAAGAGAUUGAUUCUCUUAGGGCUAGGAUUGCGGAAUUGGAAUCACAAUCCAGUAUUAAAGAUAUACAUGGUGGGUUGCAUCAAGAAAAUACAGUGGAUGCAACCGCAGUAAAGCAACAAAUGUCUGAGAAGCUUCCAUGUGUUACCGAUGACGAACCAAAGAGUUUUACACCUUAUAUUAAGUACACAAAGCUUGAAUUCAAGGUUGACACAUUCUUUGCUGUUGGAUCACCUCUUGGUGUCUUCCUUGCGCUUCGUAACAUCCGCAUUGGAAUUGGCAGAGGGCAAGAAUAUUGGGAGGAAAAUAUUAAUGAAGAGAUGCCAGCUUGUCGGCAAAUGUUCAAUAUUUUUCACCCCUUCGAUCCUGUUGCAUAUAGAGUAGAACCACUUGUUUGUAAAGAAUACAUCACCAAACGUCCAGUUAUUAUUCCUUACCACAAAGGUGGAAAAAGGUUGCAUAUUGGAUUUCAGGAAUUUACAGAAGAUUUAGCUGCUCGUUCUCAGGCAGUCAUGGAUCACCUAAAUUUUGUAAAGUUUAAACAGGUCAAGGUUCGUACAGUGUGCCAAUCAAGAAGCAUGGAUGGCCUAGAAGAGAGAGCAGAAAAUGUUCAUGAAAAAGAAGAAAGGACAUAUGGCUCUUUAAUGAUGGAGAGAUUAACUGGAAGUGAAGAAGGGCGGAUUGAUCACACACUUCAAGAUAAAACAUUUGAACAUCCAUAUCUACAAGCUAUUGGAUCACACACAAACUACUGGAGGGAUUGCGAUACUGCUCUGUUCAUUUUGAAACACUUGUACAAGGAUAUACCUGAAGAUCCCAACUCACUGCAGGGAUCUAGUGGACACAACUUAAAAGAUGAGAGUAGUUCCACAGGAUGGAUUGAUCGAAGCGAGAUUAAAGAGGAGGAACUUCCUUUGACGUUUUCUAACAGAAUGAUGGUUAAAAACUUUUCGAGGAAAGCCAAAAAGUUCAUGAAGAUGAAUUGAGUGCUGACACGAGUCCUCUUAGUUAUUUCUGGAUUUAGAUGCCGCAGCAGAUCGAUUCAUAUGCUCAAAGACGGCCAAAUCGUUGUGCUAUUUGAACAAUCUCCAAAUGCGGUUGAUGUAGACAUGCUAUGGUUGGAAACAGAAGAAUUGUCAGAAAGAACAUACACUUCGAUGAAUACGUGGUAGUUGCACUUUUAGUUAACCCAGUAGUUGGUAGUCUCCCAUCCAACGGCCUGUUCUGUUCAUUUCUGUAUAUAAAAGGAAAGAUAGGAAGUUGGGAACCCAUAAAAAGAACAUACCAGGGUUAAAUUAGGUGGUUUGGUUUGCAACGGAUGUACAUAUACUGGAAAAUGAUUUGAAAGCUGUAGCAUGUAGAUAAACUGUACACUUCAAAGUUGUAUAUUACAGGUUAUGACAAUGAAUAGCCAUGUAAUCUGGUUAAUUUGUAUUAAAUGUGUGAUUUGAAUACUUAA